UUUUCACCCACCGAGAGUCCCGAGACACCCAAUCUAUAUCCUUUGCUGGCUUUCCCUAACUUUCCUCCCUUGGGUUCCGUUUCUCUCUUACAGCUACCCGUAUUGGAAGGAAACGUUGGACACUGGGAAGGAUUCAAGUAAAAAAUGGAAUUAGAAUAAUCUUUUCAAAUAAGUAUAAGACCUUAAGCCUUCUGCAAGCUUAUCCCUUCUUUCCAUUGUCCCCUGCAAGAGCCAAGAGCCAAGAGCCAAGAGGCAGGAGGCAGGAGGCAGUAACUCGCACUCCCUCGUUAGCUCCUACCGAACGAACCACUAGCAUGGACCCACCAGCACCACCACCGGCGGCGGCGUCCGCCACCCAUCUCGCCUAUCCGGAUUCGGUUGACUCAUCUCCACGGUCGCGUAACAUCGAUUCCUGGGACGAACCCCUCCCUCCCAUCCCGGGAGGCGCUAAACUGCGCCUGAUGUGUAGCUACGGCGGUCACAUCGUUCCCCGCCCUCACGACAGGUCUCUUUGCUACCUGGGCGGUGAGACCCGUAUCGUGGUGGUGGACUGCCACUCCAGCCUUGCAGACCUCUCCGCACGGCUCUCUCGUAGCCUCCUCCAUGGGCGCUCUUUCACCCUCAAGUACCAACUCCCCAACGAAGACCUCGACUCCCUCAUCUCCGUCACCACCGACGAAGAUCUCGAGAACAUGAUCGAAGAGUACGAUCGCACCACCACUUCCUCCUUGAAGCCCUCUCGCCUCCGCGUCUUUCUCUUCCCUACCAAGCCCGAAACAGCCGCUUCGGUCGGCUGUCUCCUCAGCGAUUCCAAGUCGGAAAACUGGUUCUUGGAUGCCCUCAACGGUGCUGGAAUCCUGCCCAGAGGGAUCUCUGCUGACGCUGCUUCCGUUAAUGGCUUGCUGGGUCUGAACGAUGCCAUCCAUGUCCACCCUUUUGCUGAUGGGGAGGCUCAACCUGAUUCCGUGGGUGGCAAUAACAAGCAGGUUAAUAAAUCUGGGCAAGAUGUUCAAUCGCUGUCGGAUUCUCCAAUGAUGGAAACCAAUUCCUCUUUUGGUUCAACAUCUUCUUCGCCUUCUAUGUCUAAUUUGCCUCCGAUUCGGGUUCAUGUUGAGGAUGGUGGUCGCUUGCAUGAUCAGAAAGUUGGGCUAGAGGAACAUUUCUCGCAGCUGAGCGUCCCUGCUCCGCAGAAGCAAGAGGAGAGUUUUGUUUCACUGUCUUCUCCGCCACCUGUUCCGACCAGUACUGUCGCAGCUGCAGCGAUGUCGUCAGCUGUUGCCGUUAACCCUACCACUGUUGCUAGUGAAAACUCCGGCCGGAUUUACUCGGACGACGAGCGAUCAGACCAUGGGGCCCCUGUUGGCUUCCGGAAGCUGCCACAGCCGCAAUUGCAACAGAGGACUAAUGUGGGAGUUGAUUUACCUUCGCCAGAUGCAGCUGCAAGAGAUGCCAAUUCUCGCCCAAAACCAGUGUUCUAUCAAGACCCAGUCGCACCUGCAGCUGCCGCUAGAGACAACAGGGUCCCUGUUAUCCCUGUUGAUCCGAAGGUUAACAUCUCUGAUCCAAGCUAUCGGAUCCAGAUGCAACAACAGCAACUUCAGGAUGCUGGGUUCGUUUUGCAUUCACAAUUGGAUCAUCACCAGCAGCAGCAAUUCGUCCCUGCAGGCACGCAUUACAUCCACCAUCACGCCACUGGACCGGUACCCAUCUCUUCAUACUAUCCAAUGUAUCCUUCGGCGCAGCAGCAGCUCCCUCAGCAACUCGAUCAGCAAUACCCAAUGUAUUUCUUGCCUGUUAGGCAAACACAAGCUUACAACUUGCCUGCUCAAUCCAAUAUAGGCGAGACUCCAACCGUCCCAUCUAGUCGGCCCCCAACACCACCCAGCCCUGCCAUGAUCAAUUCUUCUGCUGCAGCAGCAGCUUUCAAAGAGCCCGCUGCGCCUGCGCCUGUGCCUGUUUAUCCCCCCAGGAGCGCAGCUCCUGCUAAGCCCGAAUCGGCAGCCAAUGUUUACAGAACGGCGGCGACAGCAGCUCCGCCGCGUAUUCACAUGCCUUCAGAUCAGCAUCAGCAGCAGAUUUUGGGUUACCAUCAGAUGCAUUACCCGUCUCAGUCGAUCGCUGUUGCUCCUAACUAUGGAUACGACUUCACCGAUCCUGCACACUCGCAGAUAUACUAUACUCAGCCUUCACCUGCUACAUUGGCUCCUCAGUAUCAAACUAUGACCGGAGCAGCAGCAGUAGCGGUAUCUGAGGCUUCUACCCAGUUGCCCUCAGAAAACUCUAAGCAGCAGCAGAUCAGAACAUCACAACCACUGUGAGUCACAAUCAUCGCUGAUCUCUGAUGAAGGAAAGAAACAAUUUUGGUGGUGAUGAGUUUGGGUAAUUAUAGUCUUCAUUUUAUUCUUUUUUUUUUUUUUUAUUUAAAUUGGAUUGGUUUGUGUUAGAAACUUAAAUCUGUCUGUGAUAGGGGAAUAAGGAAUUGGGUCAUCAUCUCUUAGGAAGAAUAUAGAAGUUGGUCAUAUGUUUGUGUUUGGGCAAUCGUUGAAUAAAUAUAUCUAUAAACAGCAUUGGCUAUUUGGCUUUAA